AUGCUACCUGGACUCCCGUUUCUCUUCUUCUACGAGCUCGUGCGGAAGGUGUUGCAAAGUCAAAAUAUUAUCAAGCCGCUGGUCCUCAUCGCAGUGGUCGGAAAUCUCGUCAACAUCGGGGCCUGGCGUAUCACACGACUUUGGGGUUUAACGGCGUCGCUGAUAACGGUGGCAGUCGAGGUUUGGUCCUUUGAAAUUCUGGCAACUCCGGCAGGUAAUCUACCGGAAAGCGUCUUGGCUCUGUCAACGCAUGCUGUGCUGACGAACGUCAACGUUACGCUCUACACUGCGUUCUACGGUAUCGCAGUCGCUGCUAGUAUUCGUGUGGGUAAUUGUCUUGGUGCUGAGCAACCUAAGAAGGCGAAGAUGGCUUGCUACUUUGACUACACACCUCGUCUGUUCCUUGACGACGACGAGAGUAUCGACCUUGCUUCGAAGAUCAUGGCAAUGUGGUCGCCACUUGAUAUCGCCACCGGUCUCAAUGCGGUCAUACAUGUACAAGGGGUAUACAGAGGGUCAGGCAAACAGAAGCCUGCUGCUAUCGCCAACGUGAUAGGCUACUAUGGUGGAGGCAUCUCGCUUGGAGCAAUUGCUGCUGACGUGGGCGUUGAAGCACGUCGAUGUACUGCUCAGUAA